GCCGGUCACUCGUUUAUCGCAUGGCGGCCUCGUAGCUUGCGGCGUUCCGCGUGUGUUCACAGUUCGCGUACGUGAAUCGGGGCGUUCUCCGUUAACUACGCCCGUGUAGCCAUGAUACACGGAGUGUCGCCCCUCAACCAGGCCGUCCUGGGAACGCUUUUCACCUGGGGAAUGACCGCGGCCGGUGCCGCACUCGUCUUCGUACUCAAUUCGACCAAGCGAAAAAUUUUAGAUGGCAGCCUUGGAUUCGCCGCCGGGGUCAUGCUGGCAGCUUCAUUCUGGUCCCUGCUUGCGCCGGCCAUCGAGAUCGCCGAGUCAGCGGGGGGCUACGGCCGAUUGGCAUUCAUUCCCGUUGGCUUUGGCUUCUUUCUGGGCGCGCUGUUUGUCUACGCCAUGGACAAGCUCAUCCCAUCCUAUGAUGGCCACAAGGCAGACCUGGCCCUGGCCAUGCAGUUGGAGAAGAAGUCAACGCUCAAGCGUCACAUUCAGACAGGCGAGGAGUCAGCCCUCGCCUAUCGGAAUGGGUACUCGGAUCCCAACGUGCAGCUGCGCAAGAAGCCACUGACGGCAACGCAGGUCACCAUGCCGACCGUCAACGAUGCCGAGACGGCCGAGAACCUCAAGAGGUGGAAGCGCAUCUUCUUGCUGGUGGUUGCCGUCACCGUGCACAACAUUCCCGAGGGCCUUGCAGUGGGCGUUGGAUUCGGUGCAGCCGGGAGCUCGGAGCAUUCCACGUUUGAAACUGCCAGAAACCUGGCGCUUGGCAUAGGCAUUCAGAACUUCCCCGAGGGACUGGCCGUAAGCUUGCCGCUCCGUGGGGCUGGCUUCUCCAAAUGGAAGUCAUUCUGGUAUGGCCAGCUCAGUGGAGUCGUGGAGCCAGCAGCUGGCAUCCUUGGAUGCCUGGCUGUGACCAUGGCCCAGCCCCUGCUGCCUUAUGCACUCGCUUUUGCUGCUGGGGCGAUGGUCUACGUCGUCGUUGACGACAUUGUGCCGGAGGCGCAAGCUUGUUCAAAUGGCCGACUGGCGUCAUGGACCACCGUGGUCGGGUUUAUCGUUAUGAUGGCCUUGGAUGUCGGCCUCAGCUGAACUGCACAGAAACCGUCAUAAUAGGCCAUUACAUCGAGCAUAUUGCAAGGACCAGGUUGUGCCUUUGGGACCAAGGAACACGAGGAAGGGUGAAGCUCUACAAAAAGCUUCACUUGCGGAAAAGCUUUACGGUUUGCCUGCCAGUGGGAUGACACUGGCAAGACAAUGCAAAGGUGGGAAGUGCUAGCCAACAAACUGCAAAGUGUACUUAUCUCAGAGGAAUUUCAUGCAUUCGCACGACCCCAUGUCUCUCGCUCAUCAAAAUGGGGCACUGUGCAUCGCACUGCGUGUUUUUAUAAUUUUCUUUUUUUUUUUUAUCUUGUCCACUCCAUGCUUCAUCCAUGUUGCUCAUUGCGUCGGCUCGAAGACAUCAGCAUUUGGCAGAAUGCUCGUGCCUCCAUCUUGUUGUGCAGUACGCUUACGAACAGCGUAGCAAUUCGGACUCAUUGUAUAUGUAAAUUUCGUACCGUUUUCGAAAGCGAUUAAUGGCACAUGAUUUGAUGGUGCAAUGGUGGUAUCCGCCGUUAUUUUUCAGUAUUGUAACUGGAAUGCAUUGGUUUCGUGUUACCUGGCUACAAAAUGGCACGUCCCAGCAUUGUGUUUUGUUUUGAACCUCAAUAGUUGUUUUUUUCCCCCACUGAUUCAAUAAGUCAUUCUUGAAGUGCACAGAGAAUGUGUGUAAGGCCGGUGUUUGAUAUUUGUUGAUAUAACUAAGCUAGUCGUUUAGUCUCGCACGUUACAGUGGUGUUCGGGCUUGUCACGUGCAUUUCAAGCAGCGUUUGGCUUUUGGUCAUUUCCUUGUGUUAGCUAACAAUGUAAACAGGAACAAAUGCGUUAAUUUUGUUUGUUUUUAUUGAGUUGUAUAACAUGGCGCACUUAUGGAGAAAUGUUUAUGUGGACGCUGUUUUGUGUAAUCUUUAAUCUGGUGCACACUGCAAAGGCACUCCUUGAAGUAUUAGUGAUAAGACAGUUGUGACCCUUUAUUAUUCCUAUUCGUGUGCCGAUUGAUACUGCUGAGAGUAGCCUCAAAGUAGACGUACAUUCUAAGUAAAUUAUUUAUUUACAUUGGGCUAUACGACAUUAAGGAUGCAUUAUUUCUGAAAUGGCCCUGUCUAUAUUAACUUAAUCUUAUUGAGAUGUAUAGCUGACUAAAUUGUUGCUACACUCGUACUAGAUGCAUGCAUAUGUGCGUGUAGAGCCUGGUAUAUUUUAUUGCUACACUGAAAUGAAAUUGCACGAAUAAAAUUUGGGUAGUGCUCGUGGCACAUAAAAACAAAUACUGUUACGGUAUCUUAGACUUAAAGACCAACUGCAGCAAAAUUUCGCUCUCGCUUGAUUGGUUAUAAAUGAGCAGCAUAACUACUGAAGCAAUCUUGCCAGUGCUUCAGGGCUCGUAACUGUCAAACAUUUUUAUUAGCAGCUUUUAAAUAGCAUGUGCGUCUAGUGGAUAGUGGAUGUGAUGCAAGUCCCAGCACAUUGCCUCUGAGAUUUUGGAGCAACCCAUGGGCAGCAGCAGGUGCUGCAUAAUCUCUGAGGUUGUGCUGUGGAGCUAUGCAUUCUUAGUCUUGUAUCACUUCCGACGAGCGAUAAUAGCAGCAUUUUGUGUGUGUGUGUUCAUUUUGUUUUGUUCUUUGCACUUUCAGUAUAAAAAAACGUUUCGGUAUAAAAGCUUUUUGCAAGCCUUUGGUGACACAUACACUCAUGUUUCAACCAUAAAUUUUUGCAUGGAGGCUGCUCCAUGUGUACACUACAUGAAACUAGGUUUUUUAGGAAGAUGGAAAUUUUGUUGCAGUUGGCCUUUAGAGGAAUGGGCAUCCACUUUCUUUUGUGUUUUAUUUCUGAAAGCACACCUGUAAGUUUUAUGGUGUUGUUGUUGGAUAAGCAUCUCAAGUUGGUUAUGUUGCAAGUGAUUGUCGUGGUGUGGUUAUCUGCUUUUGUAAAGCCAUGGGAAGUGGUUAAGUUUGUUUUACUUUUUAUGUUUGGUGCAAAUGAAAGUGGAAAAUAAAAAGAGAUUAAUGCCCUU